AUGUUGCAGUAUCACUUUGCUCUUGAUGGAGAUUCUCUGAAACUGAAGAACCGUUUGAAGCUAUUCAAAUCCAUUUGGCCCACACUUGCCUUGCAUGAUGAGCUGAUGGACUGUCAUAGUCAAUGUAUUGAUAAUUAUUCUCUUUGCCAGUCUUUCAACAUAAUCAAUCACGUUGUCGCAAAGAUAUCACUUUGUAAAAGGUUACUGUUUCAUGAUGAAGAAGGUGGGGAUUUGAAAGAGGUUGCUCUGGAAAUGCAAAGUAAUUUGAAAGCAUCCAGGAUACAUUUCAUAAAUGUUUUGGUGAAAAUUUGGCAGCUUGUUGUUCAGAAAUUUUCUUUAUCCUCUGAUCAGUCUGGAACAGGGAAGAGCACAAGCACAUUCACCUUCCCCAUUCCUCCUAGUCUUGAAUCAGAACCCCCAAAAUCUUCAAACAAACCAAAAAUCCGAGUAAUUUAUCAAAUGGAAUCCAAUAAUCCUUAUGAGAUUCUCGACGACGAUGAUGGUUUUGAUUGGGAAGCAGCUGCGAGAGAAAUCGACGCGGUUUGUCAAAUGAGAAGUGGCGCGAAAACGAACGAAAGCGAAUUGGAAAAGGUUUGUCAAAAGCGCGAAAAGAGAAAUUUGGAAAAGCAAAUAUCUCUAUCUUGCAAAGUUGAAGCUCUGAGUAAAAGAACUGAGGAGUUUCAAGAGCUUCUUAAUCAGGAAGAGCAGAAAUCUGCUUCUGCAAGAGAGAAACUAAAUUUUGCAGUCAGGAAAGGGAAGUCAUUGCUGCAACAACGAGACAGUCUAAAACAAACCAUUGGAGAGAUGAAUGUUGAGAUGGAGCACUUAAAAUCUGAGAUCAACAAACGAGAACACAUUAUUGCGGAGCAUGAACAGAAGAUGAGGCAGUUAUUAACCUACCCAGAUAGGUUAAAAGCACUUGAAUCUGAGAGUUCUCUUCUGAAGCAUCGUUUGGAAGAAACUGAACACCAUUUGCAGGAGAAAGAGUAUUCCUUGAAACUGAUUUUGAACAAGCUAGGUGAGAUUGAUGUUGCAGGUGAAGGUCAUAUAAGUGAUCCGGUGAAGAAGUUGGAAUGGAUCGGAAAAUUGUGUUCUGAUCUCCAUAACUCUGUCGCUUCUUUCGAACAGAAAUCCAGGAAAUCUAAAAGAACAUCAGAACUCCUGUUGGCAGAGUUGAAUGAGGUUCAAGAAAGGAAUGAUAGUUUUCAGGAGGAGAUUGCUAAAGUGGCUGAUGAACUUGUGGAUCUCAGAAGAGAAAGGGAUUCAGCGGAGGCUGCCAAACUGGAAGCUCUUUCACAUGUUGAAAAGUUAUCUACAUUACAUGAGGAAGAAAAAACAGAGCCAUUUUUAUGA